GUUCGAGAAAUGCGCGCGCAAUCGUAGAAGCCGCAGACGACACCGGUACUGUUUGCCACGAGUCGAACGAAAGUGUACAAGAAAAAGGAAAGAGAAAGACAGAAGAAGAGAACGAGAAAGAGAGAGAAGGAGAAAGCUUUAGGAUUGCCGAGAGGGGAUAACAUACGGAAAGAGGAGAGAAAAGCAACAGCGUAAGCGACUAGCGCGCGCUGUGGUGUGUGUCGUCGGUCGGUCGGUCGGUCGUCGCCGCCAUGCUAGUGGUUAGUUUAGUGAACCAAACAUCAUGAUGUGGCAAAACGUUCGCACGAGCUAAGACUGAAGUAACGCCGCGUUACCGGCGCGCCGUCGUUAUGUUAUCCAUAAUAACUCACGACAUUCGAUAAGCGUAAACACGUAACGUGAAAAGUACAAAGCUUGAUAAAAACUCCACGGCGACUGCGGCAACGAAAAACGUCGGAGUGCUCGAUUCCUGCGUGCGGAACCGCACAAUACUACGUCAGUCCCGAUGUAAAUUAAAGUCAAAUCAUAUAUUCGAACGAACAUUACAGAAUUAUCAUUGUCACGGUACACGUUAGGAGUGACGAGUGCCAACGAUCAGCCUCCAUCGCGCGGCAAGGAGACGAUCACGAAUCGUAUACACGAUGCUGGAUCCAAGUGUUUUAACAGAUUUAGAGGAACUGACGCUUUGCAGUUAUUGCAAGCAGAAGUAUAAUGAUACAGAACAAUGUCCAAAAUAUCUUAGUUGCAAGCAUUAUUUUUGUUUGCGUUGCAUAGAAAACAAUUUAUUAAAAGGACGUGAGUUGUUUUGUGCGCAUUGUUGGAAGAGGACGGAUCUAGGUGAUCAAGGACCGGACGCUCUACCGACACACUCUUCUCUCCUUGCUCUAACAAAUAAUUUGUCUCACUUAAAAAUCACCACAAACAAUACAUCUGGAAAAACGAAUGAUAAGGAGAGAAAGAGUGAAAAUUGUCACACGCACGGAAUGCCUUUGGCAUUAUGGUGUGCGACAUGUUGCUCAGCACUUUGUAGAGCAUGCGCUACUCCACAAGAACAUCCAGGUCACCAGAUUAAAUCACAAACUGAUGCCAAAGAACAACUCAUAUCCGAUGUUCAGUUGGAAUUAGUUGCUAUGGGAAAGCUAUCGACCGAGAUUCAAAGACUGGCUAUGCAACAACGUGAAUUCUUAAUAAAAGUCUUAGAAGCUUGUGUAACAUUAAAAACGCAUGUUGAAACAGAUCUUCAGAAUGGCUGGAGUCAUUUUCCUGAGAUAACAGAUGCACGAGAAACUCUUGGAAAAGCGAAAGCUAGUCUGCAGAUGAUCGAUAGUCCUAGCGAUGUAUACAAUUUGCAUUCACAACUCAUAAUAGAGAAACAAAGAUUGCAAUCGAAAUAUCAAGAAAUGAUGUUGCAGUGCCAACUCGAUGAUUUAAUUGGUAACUCGGGGGUGGUAUUUGAUUUUACAUUAUUGAAACAAGCAUUAGCUGGAAUUCAUACGGGAGAACCGAUUAUUUCUCAAGGAACGAGUAAUGGUGGUAGAUUACCAAAUCAUUUGGCGGCUUCACAAAAUCCAAUACUGUUCCUCGCAAAUUAUUGUAUGUCGCAGCUAUAUUCAAGACAUGUAGUGAGUAAGCAACAUAUGCAAAACGGUUCUAUAGAAUAUCAUUCAAGUAUGAUGCAACCGCAACCAGCUCCACCGGGUUCUGUUCAUGUACAUCAAGGUCCACCGCCGCCCGCAACCCCGCAGCAACUUCUCAUUCCACCUGGUUCGCCGUCCGUUAAACCUAUUCCGCCCGCGCCUCCGAACGCAAUGUUACAUCCACAACAACAAUCAACGUUUAUACCAGAAGGAGUUGGUAGUGGUGGCGGAAGUUUAGUAACCGUCCACUCAUCCUCUCAACCGCCGUCCAGCGGAAUAGCAGCAUCACUUCGAGGACCUUCGAACCCUUAUCCUCUGUAUUAUUUCAACAUUGAAGUAAAUGGAUCUCCACACGGUCGUAUCGUAAUAGAAGUGAGGCCAGAUGCAGCGCCGAAAAUGGCAAAAAAUUUUAGUGUACUGGCGACAGGUGAAGUUGGAGUCGGCUAUAAAGGUUGCACGAUUUUUCAGUGCUGGGAGGGUGAAUCCGUAAUUACUGGUGAUUUUGAAUUAAACAAUGGUCGCGGAGGAAGAAGCAUAUUCGAGGAUGGAUACUUUAUGCCGGACGACACAAAAUUUCCUGCAGUAAGAGGAGCAGUCGGAAUGCGGAGAACACAAAAGCGACAUGAUAAUCUUGGUAUGGUGGGUUCACAAUUUCGUAUAAUAUUACAAGAAAUGCGCGGGUUCACAGGAAUCUUUGGUCAUGUCGUUGAAGGAUUAGAAUUAGUCGAAAAGAUAUCUACAUUUGGUGAUCAAACGGGCAAGCCUACGAAGAAUAUUCUAAUUACGAAAUGCGGUAAACUGUAACGAUAACACUAUUGCGAUUAGUAUACACCGAAGGUAAUCAAGUAUUACCCGUAUACUUUGCGUUUCCCCGCUCUAGAUAACUUAAAAAAAAAAAAAAAAAAAAAAAAAAAAAAAAAAAAAAAAAAAAAAAAAAAAAAAAAGAAGGAUUCACGAGUUCGCGACGGUAUCUCUGAAGUGUUCGAUAUAGGGAAUGGGGUGUUCAAAUAAACAAAAAAUUAUAUAUAUAUAAUAUCCGAUGAUAAAUGAUAUUACAUGUAGAGACACCGUCGUGAUCCCAUAGCUCCAUGAAUCACGAUGCUCCGUAUGAGUCACACAAUUUAAUUAACUAUUAACAAUAGAAUUCUAAAGAUAUUGAAUCUAUUUUUAAAAGUGGACGCAUAAGAGAAGAAAGAAGAAAUAAAGAUCCAUAUUUUGCUAUUGAUUGAGAAUCAAUAAGAUUCUGUAUCUACAAUAACGACGAUGAUCGAUAAUACGUACCUCAAGAUCGAUCGUGAUAUCGAUACGACUUCUAGCUGUACGACAUUUGUUUUAGAAGAAGUUCGACGUUUAUUUUGGCUAUUGGCAUAUUGCUAUGUAUAGUUGAUAUAGAGGGUAUCGCACGGGAUUAAAAAGUGCCGUGGUUAACGGCGUCGCCCUGUGGGCGUUGCUAAUAUUUUAGAUCAUAGGUAGUAAAAACAAAAAGAAAAAAAAAAACGUGUAGAUGAGAAAUACGUACGAAAAAUGGGGCAAACUUGUAUGUGUAUACACAUACAUUCAUAUAUUUGUAAAAAAAAAAAAAAAAAAAAAAAAAAAAAAAAAAAAAAAAAAAAAAAAAAAAAAACAGACAAACGUACAGGCGAAAACUUUUUUUUGUUUUAUAAUCGAAAAAACAUGACUUCGUAAAAGUCAAAAAGUCGUGAUUCCAUAUACGCAGGUCGUUUAGAACAUUAACUGAACGAUACGUCGGUACGUAAAAGGGCCAAUUUUAUUUCGUCUGGUCAACGAUCACGUAUCGUUCUGUUUCUUUUUCCAGAGGAGAGAAAAGGAGCUAAAAGGGAAUAAGUAAUUAUGCGAUGAAACGAGUCAAGGAAAAUUGCGGUUCCUAUCGGAUGACUCAAAGAUACUCCUCCCUUUUUGCUCUUUGCCAUGGUCUAGUAGACCGUCGUAAAUUAACUGUAUUUAAGAUUAGAUCUCAACAUGAAAAUGUAUGCAAGGCCUAACUACUACUAUGUAGAUUGUAAGCCUCGUCGUCUGAUCAGAAAAAAACGAACGAAAUGAGCGAAUGUAUAUUAUAAACGAAUCAUUCCUCGAUGCUGUAUAUCGAAGUACUACGAUAAUGUAAUGCGUUAUACUACUCGUCUGAAUCCUCGUAAAAAUCCCAUCGUUAUGUAUCAUAUUAUCAUGUACCCGUGUGCGAAAAAAAGCGUCAUAAAAAAAGUGUUCUGUAAACCGGCGCGUAAAAACAAAAAGCGCACUCACGUAUUGUAGGAAAUUGCACGCCCUCGUCGUCGCGAAUGCCUUUUUUCGAAGAAAGCCUCAUUCGAUGUUGAACUUGAAAGUUUUAACACUUGUUAAUUAGCUAAUUCAUCGUUUGCAAUAUCAUAAAGAAAGAAAAACUCAUUGCAUUACGAUGAAUGUAAGAAUCGCCGUUAGAAUUAAAUGAUAAUGCGUAAUACGUACGACGAUCGAAGGGUGAUCGAGCUCGAAUGAAUUUCUCUUGUUUCGGUCGUUGUAAAAAGAAAAAAAAAACGAAAGACGUCAGUCGACAUUUUUGAAUCUAGGUGCGUAUAAAUUCAUGUUUACCGAAGCGAGUGAAGCUAGAAGCCCACCUGUAUACACAAAAUAUCCACGCGCGCGCGUGUAUAUAUGUACAUAUAUAUAUCUAUAUAUACUAUAUAUAUAUAUAUAUAUGUAUAAAUGUAUAUGUAUAUAUAUAUACACACUACAUAUAUUUUUAUGAACGUGAUGAGGUAACAACGCAUAGCUUGUAAUAUCAAUUCUAACAACCGAUUUACUUUGCCCCUCGCGUUCGAAUUAAACGGUUGAGCGGCUAUAAUUUUUCGAUAAGUUUUUCUUUCCACCUUUUAUUUUUUUUCAUUCUCUCUCCUGUUUCCUUUUCUUUUUCUAUUUCUCAUUCACCCUUUUUAAGUUAAGGCGUAAUCAUCAUUACAUACGAAAAUUGAGGUCAUUUUGUUUACAGCCUACGGAAACGCAUAUCCGUAGUGUACAUGCUUAAACAGUUUUAUUAUUUCAUUAUACAUAUACGAAGUUCGUUGCCCAAUUUAAAUGUACUUUUAAUCAAUCAAUUUUGAGUUAUAAACUGUUUCUCUUUCA